AGGUAGCUACCAGAAAGGACAAACUUCAUGUGCUGCCUGGAUAUCCAAAAAAAUUCUCCCAAAAAGGAUUUACUAUUUAACAUGGAUACUAUUUGAACAGGUGCCCGCACAUUUUGGGAUUUGCUACAUUCGAUUGGGAUUCUAAGCUGCUCGAGGAGUCAUGGAAGGUCUUGAAGCAACGCGCGAAUGACAUGUCUUUGAUGGAAAUUUCUGCUGAGUGGUAACGAUCCAGCAUGUAGCAGAGUCCUGUCACUCCUGGGAACAGUCCGACCACAUAAUGGGGAAUUCAUACGCAGGGCAACUGAAGUCUGCUCGAUUUGAGGAGGCUCUCCACAACUCGAUUGAGGCGUCGCUGCGUUCGAACAGCGGGGAUCCACAGCCCAUCUUCACACAGCUCUACUUAGAACCGGAUCCGUAUCCUGGUAACGGGGAAGCUGAUGCAAAGUCAAAAGCUGGCGUUGGACUCCAUGGUGGAGAGCACCCAGGGCACGAGCUCAUGAAUGGCAACUCUUCCAAUGACCUGGAGGAGCUGGAGGACGAUGACGACUCGGACAGCAGCAGCCCUCCGCUUCCCUACCUGCAGGCUCCUGCCCCAGAUGGCUGCUGCACCCUGGAUGGCUUCUGUCAGGCCGGGAAGGACCUCCGCCUGGUCUCCAUAGCAACAGAGCCCAUUGAAGUCCCGGCAGGCUUUGAGCUGGUCGGUGCCAAGUCCCCCACCAUCCCUGAGCACAUCUUGGUGUGCGCUGUGGACCGCCGCUUUUUGCCUGACGAGAAUGGGAAAAAUGCACUUUUAGGUUUUUCAGGAAACUGUGUGGGCUGCGGCGAAAAGGGUUUCAGAUACUUCACUGAGUUUUCCAAUCACAUAAACCUGAAACUUUCCACACAGCCCAAAAAGCAGAAGCACUUAAAAUACUACCUGGUGAAGAAUUCUCAGGGUGCUCUGUGCAAAGGACCGCUUAUCUGCUGGAAAGACGGUAAAACACGUCAGUUCCCCAGCACUGCAUCAACCUCGAAACCCGGCUCAUCCUCCUCUCUUAGCAGUAAAGAAAACGGAGGUGCCAGUGGACACAGCUCCUCUCCCUUUUCCCUUUCAGAUUCUCCACCAACCAGAACAACACAAGCAUCCUCUGUCUUUUUUGGGAACCAGGAAUGCAGUUUCCUCAAACCUCUGGCCUCCAUGCCUGGAAACAAGACUCUACCAAUAGUACCCACAGCUCUUCGGGUCAAUGUGCCAACAAAUAGCAUGGCUGUUGAUGGGCGCUCUCCCUUACUCAGUCCAUCCCAGGUUUCCUUAGGGCCUCAAAGUCAGGGGUAUCGUACUGCUGAUUUAGGAGACAGUCCCGUAUUGUCUGCUAUGAACUCCGGUCCUCCAAAGAAGCGCCACCGGAGCUGGCAUCCCAGCUCGUUGCUCCCAGUUCCACCAACAGCUGUCCCUGUACCAGCUAUUCGACCAAUAGUUUGUUCUCCGGGGCCGGUAUUAGGAGUAUCCUCACCUCAGCCACCCGUAGUAGGCGUCAUUCAGCCCCAGCCUGUCACCGUUGGAGAGACCGUCAUCGUGCCCGACAACCUCCUCAGCUCUGCGGGAGUCCGCCCCGUCAUCCUCAUUGGCCAUGGCACUUUGCCUUACUUCUACGGAAACGUUGGUGAUAUAGUGGUGAGCCCCCUGCUGGUCAGCUGCUAUAAGAGCAGCCAACUGUCAGAAAAAACCCUGGAGGCUCUGGGCCUCAACAGCAGCCGGUUACUCAGCGUGGAGACGAUGAUUCUGCUCACUUUACAGUAUUUUGCACGUUUAGGUUCAGACCAAAUUCCUCUGAGGGAGGAAUUGGAGCAGAUAGUCUUGAAGGCCAUGCUGUGCUGUCCCGGGGGUCCUGCCAUCUCCCCCCUCCAGCUACCCUGGCUGGCUCGGCUGGAAGCGAGCGUCUCGGGAGGCAGCGUCCAAGUCGUGGUUACACAUAACUCUUUGGGCGAAGGCAUUUCUGAGUCGCUGCGUUCUCUUGCUGAGGGUCCUCAUCAUCAGCAGUGCCUGCCAACCUAUGUGGUCAUAAUAUGUGCCUCUAAAAUGAGUGGCAGCGAGUUCUGUGUGAUUGUGUUGGGAAAGUAUCAAGCAAGGGCCUUAGCAGAAGGGAUGCUGACAACCAAUGAAUUUCUGAAGGAAAUCAGCUAUGAGCUCAUCACAGGAAAAGUCAGUAUCUUGGCAUCUCACUUCAGAACAACCUCUCUGGGGGACAAUCUCGACAAGCAGCUGGUGCGAUACCAGCGCAAGCGGAAAGGACAGGUCGUCCAGCCCUUUCAGGGCGAUGUCACUGACAAUAUCCACUCCCAGGAAGCUGCCAGCAUGUCACCACUAUCAAACUCAGAUCUUUUUAGUAAGGGCUUCCAAAUCUAUCCGGCCCAGCUUAAUGUGGCUCGUAGCCUUCUCUCUCAAGUGUGCUCCAUCGCGGAUUCAGGGACACAGAGCCUCGACUUGGGGCGAUUUUGUAAGGUGGACUUUCUUGUUUUGGUCCCGCCAUCUCACAUUCUGGUGCACCAGACAGCACAACGCAUCCGACAAUCAGGAGUGCUUGUGGACCUGGGAAAUGAAGACCCCUCCACAGCCCACCUGAAAUCAGACAAAUAUGUGGUGCGUCUUGACGGUGAUGUUCACGCCAAGAUGGAGGCCUUCAUGAAGAAAGUCAAACAGAACCCCUACACUCUGUUUGUCCUCAUUCAUGACAACUCGCAUGUUGACCUCACAAGUGCCCUGUCAGGCUCUGUGUGCCACGGGGAGCUGCAGGGUUUGGCUGACCGGGUGGUGAACUGCCAAGAAGUCUUGGAUGCCAUGAACCUCUUGGUCCUGCAGGUCAGCUGCUUCCCUUAUACUCUGCAGACCCGCCAGUCUCGAAUCAGCAUCCACAACGAAGUUCACUGGCCGUCAACCGAAAAUCUGCAGAGGGAGCAGUCUGCUGAUAAGUUGGUCUACUUUGGCCUGAGGGAUUACAGCAGAUCCCUGCAGUGGGGCAUGGCCAGUCCUAUUCUGCGCUAUGAUGAUGCAUUUGAGAAAAUGGUUCAUACUCUGCUGGAAAGACAUCCGCACCUACACAGCAUGGUGAUCCGCAGCUAUCUGCUGAUUCAGCAGUACACUGAGGCCAUGAUGGCCCUCACCUCUUCUCCGUCCCUGAGGGAUCACAUAACACCAGAGACCCUUGCCAUGGUAGAGGACUUGAUCAACGCCCCAAGCAGAGAGGGCUCCCAGGGCCGUGGCCACAUGCUGCUGGUCCGCAUCCCCUCACUGCAGCUGGCGAUGUUGGCCCGAGAAAGACUAGAGGAUGUGAGGGACAAGCUGGGACUCCAGCUGUGCUUCGCUGUGCUGCUGGGAAGUCCUGUGUCAGAGCUCAGCCUGCACAGAAACUUUACCAGUCGCCUCAGGGCUUGGCGAGGCUGUGAGAAUGAAGACUGGGCACCACACACCUAUGAGGAUCUGGAAGGGCUGCCCUGCAUCAUCAUCCUCACAGGCAAAGACCCUCUUGGAGAGACUUUCCCCAAGUCUCUGAAAUACUGCGACCUGCGUCUGAUAGACUCCAGCUACCUGACUCGUACAGCCCUGGAGCAGGAGGUGGGUCUGGCAUGCAGCUAUGUAUCCAGGGUUGUUGUCCCAGAGCCAAAAAAGGCUAUGGCCCCUCGGGAAUCAGAUGGAGAGAAGGUCACCACCAGCUUGAAUGAUGGAGAUGAGCUGGAAAGACCUCAGAGCAAUGGCAGCGAUGCAACCCGAACUUCUGGCUCUUUGGCAGAGAAUGGUGUCAGCUCAUCUGAUGUUGCAGACUCUUUCCAAAAACCCUCCACUUCUACCUCGCAGCUUGAAGGUGUGGUCACCAUAGACACAGGCACGACAACACAUGGAUUUAAGCAGGAGUGCGACUCUCUGGGAACCCAGCUCUCUUCAGACCCUUCAAAAGUCUCCAAGGCUCCUCCAUCCCUCUACUCCAGUUCAUCAUCUUCCGCCCCCUCACCUUCUUCAUCCUCCACCCAGAGGCCCAGCCAAUCCACGCAGUACGAUCAAGAGUCCACAAGAGCAUCACCACGAACAGUCAUUUUGUCCCGAGCGGCUUACAAUCUGCUGUCGGGGGAGUCCGGGAGCCAGCUGAGCUCUUCCUCGCUGCUGCCACAUGCAGAUGUUGCCUGGAGCAGUCCGCUCAGGCCCCUUAUCACUCACACCCUGCAGGGGAUGGAGCAGAGCAUGUACUACCGCCAGUGGGCCAUUGCGCGGCAGCAUCAUGCUGAUUAUGAAGCACCUUCUGUGCCACAUCCACGACGCUUGCUACUCAGUGGACCCCCACAGGUGGGUAAAACUGGUGCCUAUCUGCAGUUUCUACGUAUCCUGUUUCGUAUGCUCAUCAGACUGUUGGAGGUAGAUGUGUAUGAUGAGGAUGAAGAGGAGGAAGAAAGUUCAGAGGUUACAACUCUAAUAAGUACCCAGUGGCCUGACAUUGAGGAGAUCCGAAAGCUGCCCUUUGACCCCAACCUCCGAGAUCCUAAAUUUAGGAAAGCCAGCCCUGUUUACUCUGACAAGAUGCCGAAGUUUUUUAAAGAUUGUAAGCAAGAUGAACAGAGCCAAACUCCAGCCCCGCGACCGACCAAGUCAAUACGUCUGACUAGGUUUGCUGCCCACAACGCCUUUCAUCACUGUGAGCAGUGCCAUCACUACUGUGAAGCAGGCCUGGCUACACAGCUGUCAGAGUGCACCUUUCAUGCUUUCACGUUCUGCUCGUCCAUGCUGGGAGAGGAGGUCCAGCUCCAGUUUGUCAUUCCCAAGUCUAAGGAGGCGCACUUUGUUUUCAGUCAGCAGGGCAGCCACCUGGAGAGCAUGCGUCUGCCUCUGGUCACCAACAGGGACCCCGACCUCCUGAAGAGUCCGAUCUUCACCCCGACCACAGGACGCCAAGAGCAUGGCCUGCUCAACAUUUUCCAUGCCACAGAGGGCGCCGCUCAUCUCCACAUCCUCGUGGUCAAACAGUUUGAGAUGCCUCAUUAUAGGAAGUACUGGCCCAACCACAUCUUGCUUGUCUUGCCUGCUAUGUUCAACAACACUGGAGUUGGUGCUGCUCGCUUCUUGAUCAAAGAGUUGUCAUACCAUAACCUCGAGCUGGAGAGAAACCGACUGGAGGAGCAAAGUGUCAGGAGGCAAGAUGUAUGGCCUUUCAUUGUCAUGAUGGACGACUCCUGUGUGCUGUGGAACGCCCACGAGACAGUAGAAGGAAGUGAGACAGCAGAUGGAAGCUCAGGUCUCAGCAGCGUGUCUCUGAAAACAGUGCUGCAGCACAUGGAGAACACACCUAAAAUCUCCCAGUACGCCAUGUGCGGCACACGUAAAUGGAGCAGCAACUUGGCUCGCAGGCCUCCCAGCAGCCCCUUCAGUCGGUGUCACCUCCAUGACUUUGUCAUGCUUAAUGUGGACCUGACGCAGAAUGUCCAGUAUGACCUUAAUCGGUAUGGCUGUGAGGAGGUGGACUUUAACCUUAGGGUUAACAGCAGUGGGUUGUUGCUGUGCCGCUUCAACAACUUCUGCCUGAUGAAGAAACACAUUCCAGUUGGGGGAACAAACAAAGAGUUCCUGGUCAAACCUAAACUCAUGGAAAUGGAAAACCCAGCUCUAAUCGGCCCAUCGCAGUAUGUUUGUGCCCCAGACAGCGAACAGACCCUCCUCGACGCCCCGGCCCAGUUCCUUCUGGAAAGGUUCCUCCAGAGCUGCAGUCACAGGCUAUUUCCAAAGGCUGUUAAGAACAGAGACAACCCAGUUCUGUCCAUCGACAGCUACCUCAACCUCAGCCCGGAGAUUUCUGUGUGCUACAUCAACUCUCGUCCACACUCCACCAACCUGAACCAUGAGGGGCUGGCGUUCAGUGGCCUGAUCCUUUACCUCUGUGACUCCUUCGUUGUUUCUGGACUCCUCAAGAAGUUCCACUUCCUCAAAGGUGCCACCCUCUGUGUGAUCUGUCAGGACCGAAGCUCCCUGCGUCAGACCAUCGCCCGCCUGGAGCUGGAGGAUGAGUGGCAGUUUCGCCUGCGGGACGAGUUUCAGACGGCAAACUGCAGCGAGGAUCGGCCCCUCUACUUUUUGACCGGCCGCCACGUUUAAACCUGCUCUGGUCUACAGCACUGCUGAAGAAACACAAUCAGAUUUGACUCCAGACCAUCAUGCAAUUAAAACUCUUAUCAGACCAAUGACAGAUCAGCAGGGAAAUGCUGGAACACAAUGUCCGAGGACGCACGGCCACCUGGUGCGCCUUUCCUUACAUCAGUGCUACCACAGCAGAUCGUGCCUGGCUCUAAAGAGGGUCAGUGAAUGUUUUUAACUCUCGCUCUCUUCUUGGCUUGUCUUCACUUGAGCUUGUGUUGUAGUGAAAAAGACUUUGCUGAGAGGGGAAAAAAAAAAAAAGCACAGCUGAAACUGAACUUCAUUUGUUUUGGUGUUGUUCUUUGGACUCUUGAUGGAUAAUGUGACUAUUUGAAGAAUGUAUUUUGAGUCCACUUUGUCCAGUCCUUGAUGUACGUGUUUAUCUCAGGAUUUCUAAAGGGAGGUCAGAGGGAGGCUGCUUCACGUUACCGUUACCAUUCUCACAUUGGCACAAUCAAAUAUUGCAUUUCAGCAGGGACUUGGCAGGUUUAAGGCCAUUUAACAUUUGCGUUUUCACAUUCAUUUGAGCUUCGUAAUGUGUGAAAACAACUUUACCAUUAAGUUUUUUUUUUUUUUUUUUUUAAAGCACCAAAGACAUCCUUAGCUGCACUUUUUCUUUUCCCUUUGCUUACCUUGACCCUUCUCUACAGCUUUUUCUCAAACUCCAUAAAGCUCGUUUACUAUAAAAUGUCUCCUUGUAAUUUGGCAAAGAUAUACGCAAAAGUUUGGUCUUUACUGGAUUUCCAUCAUCAGGAGUGCCUCUGCUGAAACCUGUGGGAAUGGAACAAUAGGCGACUAUUUGAUUUAGCUCAGUAAACCUGUAAUAUCCUUUUCUCUUGUGGUUCUAAAUUAGUCAUGUGGGAUUGAUAAUCCCACUUGAGUCGGCUUUAGUUGUCACAUGACUACAUUUCAUGUGAAUUUAUCCAAAAUAAUCUCAACCAAGUGGAUGUAUAAGUUGUGUCUUUAGUAUUUUCCUUUUUUGUUUCAAUAUAAAUCUGUGAAGUUGGUCUAUAGGUGUUGGGGUUUUUAUGUUUUUGUUUGUUUUAAACACUUAAACUGCAUCCACACAGGAAGCAAUUUGCUCAUCGCACUUUGCUAGCAGAUAUUCGAUUGCCUAGGUAACCCUCUAAUGUAUGAAUUUACUGCCAGGUCAUACCAGGUCAACAGUAUCCUGCACUCUCAUUGGCAGUUGCUUCAAUUGCUCCUCUCCAAGUUGAGAGAAGUUUAUCUCGGGAUCCACCGAUUUAGCAUCACCAUCAUUUUUUUUUUUUUCCCCACCUGUAGUCACUUUCUGUGGUCUCACAUCACUUCCAGUGUAGAUGCUGAGUCACAGCAGCCAGAGCUCAUAAAAGAAAGUGAAUGACAUUCUGCGACUAUGGGCAGAACAAUCUCUGGUGGCAGCAGAUGGGGAUGGGAGGGGUCCCAAGUUAAACUUUUCUCAGCUUUGAAGGCACAGCUUACAGCUGAUUGGCAUACUGGGUUGUAAUACACUAGAGGGUUACCUAGGUAACCAUAACCAGAAGAAUGUCUGAUGCUCGAUGAGUGAAUUGUUUCCUUGUUUUGUUUUUUUUUUUGUCUUACCUGUUAAUGUGGAUGCCAAUCGGUCUACUUAGAUGUAUAUUCUGACAGUCAUUUUUUACAUAAUCAGUGAAGUGUACCAAGCAAGCUCCCUCACUGCCAACUAUCCUGCUACUGAGCAUGCCUGAGGUGACACCUCCUGCUUUAAUGUUGUGACGUUGAUUGUUUUAUUGAAGACAUUUGCUCCCAUCCACAUUGCUCAACCCAGUUUCGACCCUUGAAAUAAAGGGUAACAACCGGGUUUAUGCAUAUACUUGAAGGAUGAAUGUUUUUCUAAGUUUCUGCACAUGGUUGUCCAAAGAAUAUGCCUUAAGCGAUGUUUCAACACAGUCUCUGCUCAAGUCGCUCAUUUAUUUUUAUUUUUAUUUUUUGGACCAAUGAGAAUGAAGAAACCUUUUAACUGUGAGUAGGAGGAAUGUUGUUUGUCUCUGUGUAUAGAGAGAUGAAAUAAUUGGAUUUUGGACUACUGUACUGUUUAAAGCUUUGUUUACAUUAUUAAUAUAUUCUGUCACCCCCCUUACCUACCGAGGGUUACUGAUGGUUUUUAGUGUUGUGUAAUGUUUGCCAGUAUAUUUUGGUCAUGUCUUUUGACAUGUUUAUGUUGCAAAGGCAAGAAGAAUCUACCUAGAUUUGAUUUUUACUAUAUGUCUUUUAUCCCCUUUUUUUUUUUUUUUUUUUUUUUAAUUGAAAAUGAGAAUUGGGUCUGUAAGGAUUUUUUUUUUUUUUUAUUUAUUUGAAAAGCAUUUGGGACUGAUAAUCAUAUUGAAGUGUAUUAUUUGAUUGCAACCUAAGUUCACUUAGGCCAAGGGACCGUGUUCUCUUCAAAACUGUUCACGAAAGCUUUGCACAAGACACAAACGAAUGAUUCCUAGAUCAACUGAAUGUCACUGGGGGUUUGUAAAUGUUGGACUUGCACUAUACAAGUUGCCAGCUUAAAGAAUUAUUUCCAUACUAGGAAAACAGUUAAGUUCCUUUAACCCCCAGAUUUAAUAUAAUAGUGAUGAUCAAAACAUUGGGCAGCAGAAUGUGUUUUUCUUUUUGAUGAUUCAGUACUUAAUAUGCAACUUGCUCCCACAAUCUUAACUGAAAAUGUGUUCGAUAACCAUGUGCAGCACAGUGGUAGCCUUGGUGCCUGGUUGAUCUACCUCAUGUUUACCAUUUUGGUUGCAGGCUGUGAAUAUCUUAACAUUAGAGCCAUGAUGACGUUGUUUAAAAUGU